ACAAUCUCUCUCAGUUUCUCUCUCUUCGUCACCACUUGCCAGAUGAACUCACUGCACCACACACUCACCCCUCCUUCCCACAUCAACACAUUCACAAACCUCUCUCUCUCUCUAAAACCAUCCACAACCUCCAUUUUCAGCAAUUCCAUCCAUGGCUGCCAUCUCUGCUCCGACCCCUCACAAGCUCACAUUCCCCAACUCCAUUUUCCCUUCCUCGCCUCUCCGCAGGCCCUUCUCUCCUUCUAGGGUUUCCCUUUCCGAUUCCUCCCUCUGCCGCUGCCAAAGCUCCUCCUCCUCUUCCUCUUCUCCUUCUCCCUCCGACUCCCACUGGCGCUGGGACUCCUCCGCCAUCGCCGACGUUGUCAAAACAGCCGUCAAGCGCUUCGAUUCCUUCCUUAAUUCGCGCCUCAACCGCUCCGCCGCCGAUUCCCCCGCCGUCGCUGAAUCCGAUGCCGCCAACUCUCCCGACGACGACCCCGCUUGGGAUUGGGAUCGGUGGCGUAAGCAUUUCGCCGAGGUCGACGAGAUCUCCGUCUUGAAGGCUCAGCUAGGCCGCGCAAUACAUGCCGAGGAAUUCGAAGAAGCGGCGAGGCUGAAAGUGGCGAUUGCAGCUGCGGCCACCAACGACGUCGUCGGUAGAGAAAUGUAUAAACUGAAUAGAGCUAUACAGGAAGAGCGAUACCGGGAAGCGGCAUUUAUAAGGGAUAAUGCUGGCGCUGGAUUGGUUGGAUGGUGGGCUGGAAAUGCAAAGGAUAUCAAUGAUCCUCAUGGUCUAAUCAUUCGUAUAACUGCAGAACAUGGGAAAUAUGUGGCAAGAAGUUAUAGUCCUAGGCAGCUUGCUACGGCUGCAGCUGGUAAUCCCCUGUUUGAGAUUUUCUUGACAGUGAAUAAGAAGGGUGAAUACAGACAACAGGCUGUGUAUUUAAAGCGGGGAAAUGCAUUUCAAGAUAUUCCAGUUUCCUCCAGAGCAUCGGGUUUUAGGAACAACGUGGAUCCUUUAGAUUCAACUGAAGACAAAAAUGAUCUACUUGUUUCUGUUAAUGAAGACACUGAAGAUGAAGAUGACAGUGAUCGGGAUGAUGUUUCAGAUCCAGCCCAAGGAAUUUCCAGUUUCCAGAAUAUAUUGAGAGAUAUGAUCCCUGGUGUGAAGGUCAAGGUUUUGAAAGUGACAGCGCCUGGGAAGGUAGAUAAGGAUCUAAUAUCUAAAGUUAUUGAGCAGAUAAUAGAGGAAGAUGAUGAAGAAAAGGAUGAUGAGAUAGAAAAUAUAGAAGAUGAAGAUGAAGCUCAGGAUGAAAGUGACCAAGAGAGAGAUGUCAUCGAAUUGGAUGGUGAUCCUGGCUUUGUUGAAAGUGAAGAGCGGAAGGAAAUUGCAUUUAAGGUUGUAGUUGGUGGUCUUAUGCAGAAAAUGUCAAGUGGCAUGCUCAAACGAGAUGUGCUUCGAGUACCUGCUAAGCUAGAAAAGAAUGGAAGGUUGUCGUUCUCAUUUUCUAUAGAGAAUGAUGCUAGCCAACAGGAAUCCCGACAUAAGGAAAGUGCUUCAAAGAAUAAAAAAUCUAAACUCAGAGGUCGACGAAGCAUUGAUCAUGUUAUGCUUGAUCUCACUAAGUUCAUUGGAAGAGAGAAGAUACCAUUAAAGGUGCUCAAAGAUGUUGGCGAAUUGAUAAGUCUCACCCUGAGUCAGGCUCAAAACCAUCAACCACUGUCCGGAUCAACAACUUUUAACCGCAUUGACUUACCAACUUCUUCAGAUCCUCUGAAUGGACUGUACAUUGGUGCACAUGGGCUCUAUACCUCAGAAGUCAUUCAUCUGCAACGGAAAUUUGGUCAAUGGAAAGAGGAUAAUGGGACAAUGGAACCUUCAAAUCUGGAGUUCUACGAAUACGUUGAAGCCUUAAAAAUUACUGGGGAUCCUUAUGUACCAGCUGGCCAGGUUGCUUUUCGUGCAAAGGUUGGUAAAAGGUACCAACUUCCUCAUAAAGGAAUUAUUCCAGAAGAAUUUGGAGUGAUUGCUCGAUAUAAAGGACAAGGAAGACUUGCUGCACCGGGAUUUCGCAAUCCUCGAUGGGUCGAUGGUGAACUUGUUAUUCUUGAUGGAAAGUACAUAAAAAGUGGGCCUGUUGUUGGAUUCGUGUAUUGGGCCCCUGAGUAUCAUUUUUUGGUGUUCUUUAAUCGGCUGAGGCUUCAAGACUAGAUUCUUAUUGUACAUAACAAUUAAGAGCCUUUAUUUACGGCUUCGCUUUUCAAAGUUCAGAAGAAUUUUUUUUUGGCCCUUAAAAUCAUCUUUUUUUCAAUAUGAGCAGUGGAGAAAUCAGGAGAUGUAGGAUUAUAUGUAUUUAAUGCUUGCUCAACUGACUUGUGCACUUGAUCGACUCUACAGAAGUAACCACUGAAGCUUUGGCAUGCAAAUGAUAUUUUGCCUUUCUAUUGCUUCUUUACUUGUUUUGGGCAAUGCUUUUUUCGUCAGAUGUAUGUAUUGACCUCUUGAUGUAUUAUCAAGCCCCUUUUUUUCCAGUUACAUUCUUAAUUGCUUGCAGUCUACUUAUAACCUUAGAGGUUCAUAGCUUAAAUUGCUUCCACAAUUCCAAGUGAUAGGAAAUCAGAAAUUUGUGAAUUAGCUGAGAAGAGCUGAAUGAUUACCUCUGUAAAUAGCCCUUCUAAAUGUGGAUCCUAAACUUAAUUUUCUAGUAUGUGGCGAAUAUCUUUGUACUUAUUUGAUUAUUAUUUGGACUCAUUUCUUAUUUUCACGAA